AUGUUUUAUUUAUAAAUGUUAGAAAUGUAAAAGCUUAUUAUGAUGUUUAUUAUGAUUUUAUUAUAUUUCGGAAUACGAUUAUAAGCAGAAACAAACAAAUAAUAAUAUAAUUUCUAACGCGGGUUUAUAUUUUUUGAUUUUUUAUGUAAAACUCAUAAGGCGUGUUAAUUUUAAUAUAAAAGAAUGAUUGAAGGAAUGAAUAAUGUUAUAAGAUUUUAUCCUUUUUAUUUAAUUUUGACAGUUCAAUAAAAAAUAAGGUUAGUUUCAAGCAGUAUUCGUGAUAUUUAAGUGCUUGAUGCAAAUUAAAUUGAUGCUAUAAUUUAAAUAAAGAGAACGGCUGAAUUAAAGAACUAUUUGGAAGGAGAGUUAAAAUGCUUAGGAAUGAAUUAGUUAAGCUAUCUAUACAUAAAAGAGAAAGAAGAAGAAGAAAAAAGAAAGAUUUAAUCUUAAUUCUAAAUAUAUAUUAACAUAUGCAUAUGUAAAUGA